ACAUUUUGGAAAAUUUUAAUUAUUUGUAAUUAUUUGCAGUUAUUAUUGGCUUAUUAUUACAUUUUAGUGUCUUUUCAGGCAAACUGACAAACCCGGAAAAUAAGAACAAAAACAUCCAACCUAAGCUGCUGGCAAAAACUGAAACAGGCAAUAUUAAUAAAACGCAGAAAAGCAGUAAUGAGUCAGCCCAGUAGAUCUGGCCCCGUAUCCAAAGUGGAGCUGAGAGUGGAAUGUACUAGACUGAAGAAAAAGGAUGAAUUCUCCAAAUCUGACCCAUGUGCCAUUUUGUACAUGCAGCAAAGGGGAACUAACUCCUGGAGUGAGAUGGGAAGAACUGAGCAGAUUAAGAACAACCAUAAUCCCAAGUUUGUCACACCCUUCACGGUGGACUAUUUCUUUGAAGAAAUUCAGAAGGUGAAAAUUGAAGUCUACGACUUGGACAAUGCGACCAGCAAAUUGACCGAUGACGACUUUCUUGGAAAAGUGGAAUGCAAUCUGGCACAGAUUGUUUCACGCAAUCCAUUUUCUGCUCCUUUGGAAAAGACAGAUGGAAAACCAAUUGGAGGUUCCCUAAUAUAUGUAAGGUCUGAAGAAGUCAGAGAAGGAGGUGAGAUGGUCUUUCUCCACAUUGGAGCCACAAAAGUAGACAACAAGGAUUUCAUGGGGAAGUCGGACCCAUUCCUAGAGAUAUCCAGACAAGCAUCGGAUGGGAGCUGGCAGGUGGUACAUAGAACAGAGGUUUGCAAGAAUACACUAAACCCAGUGUGGAGACCAUUUCAAGUGGCAGUUCAAGCUUUGUGUGGAGGAAACAAGACCCAGCAGAUUCAGUUCAGCUGCAGUGACCAUGAUAGUGAUGGAUCCCAUGAUUUGAUUGGCUCCUUUACAACUACUAUUGCAGAAUUGGAGCAAGCUGCAGGAACUGGAAAAGAGCUACAAUUUCCAUUUAUCAAUCCAAAAAAGAACUACAAGAAAAGCAAAACAAACUCUGGAGUGGCUCACAUGACAGAAGUCAGGAUUUUCAGACAGCCAAACUUUUUGGAGUUCAUUUAUGGAGGCAUGCAGAUAAAUUUCACAGUAGGCGUCGAUUUUACGGGAUCUAAUGGCGAACCUUCCAGACCAGAUUCUCUUCAUUACAUUGAUCCCUCGGGUCAAAGGCCGAACCAGUAUAUGCAUGCUAUCCAGGCUGUAGGAUCAGUCUGCCAGGAAUAUGACACUGACAAACUUUUCCCAGCAUUGGGCUUUGGAGCAAAGCUUCCAGAUGGAAAUAUUUCAAUGGAGUUUGCUUUAAAUUUCAACCCAGCAAAUCCAUAUUGUGCAGGAAUAAAUGGUGUGGUUGAGGCUUACAAGUAUGCAAUUCAGAAUGUACAACUAUGGGGUCCCACCAAUGUGGCUCCCAUCAUCUACCAUGUGGCCAGGUUUGCUGAGCAGGCCCAGAAAGAAGAGGCUGAAAAAGGAGCACAUGCCUACUAUGUGCUGCUUCUUCUGACUGAUGGCAUCAUCACAGACAUGGACCAGACCCGGGACGCCAUUGUCUAUGCCUCGGGUCUACCCAUGUCCCUCAUUAUUGUGGGGGUGGGGGAGGCAGACUUCAGUGACAUGAACUUCCUGGAUGGAGACAAUGGAGUCCUGAAAGGGGCCAAUGGUAGACCUGCUCUGAGAGACAUCGUCCAGUUUGUGCCCUUUAGGGAUUAUCAGUCUUCUGCAUUUGCUGGAGCGGAUUUGGCCCGACAAGUUUUGGCGGAAGUUCCACAGCAAGUGGUCAACUAUUUUACAAUGAGACGCAUCACUCCAAACCAACGACAAAAUACAGCUGUUGAUCCCAACCAACAACUUGCUUAAGAAUUCUCAUGAUCUUGCAUUUACACAUCUACAUGUGUAUAACUCUCGAUAAAUUUUUUUUGCUACAUUUUUAAAAUAUGGACUGUUUGUUGAAUUUAACAGAUUUUGUUCUUUAAUUUGUUAAUUUUCAGUACAUGUAGUCUGUUAUUACAAGUAUAUUUGUACACAGCCUGUUUAUUUGAAAUGAUAUGAUCAAUACUUUAUGUGCAAUACUUUAUACAUUUUGGUGCUUUCCUUUUUUAUAAGGGGUUAACAUUCAUUCUGUUCAAGAACAUAAAGCAAUGAAAUUAUUUGAUUUCAAUCUUAUGUGUUCAUCCAUGUAUAAUUUAGAAUUCUAUUCGAAUUUAUAAUGCUUCCUUUUACAUUACAAUCAUUAAGGUGGUAUGGGACAUAUGUCAAGAUUAAUGUGGAUUAAACUACAUUAUAAUUAAGAUACCCUCACGAGUUUAGAAUUUUCAAAUUUUACAAUAGUUAACCAAAAAAUUUGUUUUAAAAAUUUGUGAAA